CUUUCUGUUGCGCUCCUGCGAAGCGGCCGCACGGGCAGCGCGCCAUGAAGAUGAUGAGCUCCCCCUGGGCCCGCUUCUACUCCAACAGCUGCUGCAUGUGCUGCCAUGUCCGCACCGGGACGAUCAUCCUCGGCAUCUGGUACCUGAUCAUCAACUCAGUGGUUCUGCUGAUUAUACUGAGCGCCUUGACAGACCCUGGCCAGUACCACUUAACAACUGCUGAAUUGGGGGGUGACUUUGAAUUUAUGGACGAUGCCAAUAUGUGCAUCGCUACUGCAAUUUCUCUUCUCAUGAUUCUCAUCUGUGCAAUGGCCACAUAUGGCGCAUAUAAGCAACAUGCAGCCUGGAUCAUCCCUUUCUUCUGUUACCAAAUAUUUGAUUUUGCACUCAACACCUUGGUCGCUAUUAGCAUACUUGUGUACCCAAGCACAAUUCAGGAUUACCUGCAGCAACUGCCUGGUAAUUUUCCCUACAAGGAAGAUAUUAUGUCUGUCAAUCCCACAUGCCUAAUUGUGAUUAUUCUGCUUUUUAUAAGUAUCACCUUGGCUUUUAAGGCUUACCUGAUCAGCUGCGUAUGGAACUGUUAUCGAUACAUUAACAACAGAAACAACUCGGAUGUCCUGGUCUACAUUACUACUAAUGACACAGCGGUGCUGCUUCCGCCCUAUGAUGAUCCUGCAAAUGGCGCUGCCAAAGACCCCCCACCCCCUUAUGUGUCUGCAUGAGGAGCCGUGUGUGCGAGCGAGUGUGUGUGCGUGAAAUGUACCUAAAGAACAAAUAGCUUUACUUUUCACGACACCUGAGCAAUAGAUUCUUUCAUUUUUCAGGACAGGUGUAUCAUCUCCCAGGUUGUCUUUAUUGCUAUUUUGCUGUAGAUUAUUCAAAAGAAAAACCUAUUUGCCUAAAGCAGCAUUGAACUGGCUCGAGAACCAUUUUGAUUAGCUAAAUUGAUAAUCGUUGCAAUGUAUGUUUGUUUGGGGG